UCAUAUGCGAUUGAAAAAUCAAAAAAUUAAUUCAAAAAAUACUAACCUUUACCUACCCACCCAGUUAGGACUUGGGACUAAAAAACUUGCUUUGGUCAAUGGAUGUAUUUAAACAAGGAAAAAUCCAACGUGGACACUAGCACAGACCUUAUCACCUUAAAUCAAACAAACACACCACCAAAUUGAUCACAGCAAAUAAAAUAAUAAUUUAUUCCGGCCAAUCCAUGGAUCAACUGAAGCCAAGUCCUCCGAAUUCCAGCCCUCUAACCCCGCUGGGUUUCUUGGAGAGGGCCGCCGUUGUUUACGCCGACUCCCCUUCAAUCAUUUACAACUCCACCACCUACACAUGGUCGGAAACCUACCGGAGGUGCUUGAAAAUGGCGUCUUCUCUCUCCUCUCUAGGAAUCAAAAGAUCCGACGUCGUUUCCGUUGUCGCACCUAACAUCCCCGCCAUGUACGAACUUCAUUUCGCCAUCCCCAUGUCCGGCGCCGUUCUUAAUACAGUCAACCUCCGGCUAGAUUCACGCACCAUCUCCGUCGUCCUCCGCCAUGCCCAAUCCAAGCUUGUUUUCGUCGAUUACCAGUCGGAAUCUUUAGUCCUUGAAGCCCUCUCUUUGUUCCCGCCGAAUUCCGACCGCCCUCUUCUUGUCCUUAUCGGAGAGGAUGACGAAUCGGGAAUCCGGCCAUCGGAGAAUAUUUACUGUGGGGAAUACGAGGAGAUGAUUUUGAGUGGUGAUUCGAGUUUCAACUGGGUUCGCCCGGAGACCGAGUUUGACCCGUUGACUUUGAACUACACCUCGGGAACCACGUCGUCGCCGAAGGGGGUGGUCCACAGCCACCGAGGAACGUUCAUCGUGGCCAUGGAUUCAUUGAUCGAAUGGUCGGUGCCGAAGGAGCCCGUUUACCUCUGGACACUCCCGAUGUUCCACGCAAACGGGUGGAGCUACACCUGGGGUAUGGCGGCCGCCGGCGGAACCAACGUCUGCCUCCGCAAAUUCGACGCCGACGCCAUCUACUCCGCCAUAAGGAAGUACAACGUGACCCACAUGUGCGGAGCGCCGGUUGUGCUCAACUUGCUGUCCAGUAUUCCAGACGGAAAACCCCUGGAAAGGCCCGUUUAUAUUCUGACUGCCGGAGCGCCGCCGCCUGCGGCGGUGCUCCUCCGAACAGAGUCGCUCGGGUUCGUGGUGAGCCACGGGUACGGUCUGACGGAGACAGGUGGGCUUGUGGUAUGCUGCACGUGGAAGAAGAAAUGGAACAAGUUUCCGGCGGCGGAGAAGGCGAGGCUGAAAGCUAGACAAGGCGUGCGGACCACCGGGAUGGCGGAGGUGGAUGUGAUCGAACCGGAAUCAGGGAAGAGUGUGGUUCGAGAUGGGAAAACACUGGGUGAAAUUGUACUGAGAGGUGGCUCCGUGAUGCUCGGGUAUCUCAAAGAUUCCGAGGGCACCUCGAAGUGCAUGAAGAAUGGCUGGUUCUUCACCGGCGAUGUUGGGGUGAUGCACCCAGAUGGGUACCUUGAAAUUAAAGACAGAUCAAAGGAUGUUAUAAUCAGCGGUGGGGAGAAUUUGAGCAGCGUGGAGGUGGAGUCGGUUCUCUACACUCACCCGGCGGUGAACGAGGCGGCGGUGGUGGCUCGGCCGGACGAGUUCUGGGGAGAGACGCCGUGUGCCUUUCUGAGUGUGAAGGAUGGUGUGAUUGAAAAGCCGACGGAGAAGGAAGUGAUGGAGUUUUGCAGGGCGAGGCUUCCGCACUACAUGGUGCCGAAGACGGUGGUUUUCAUGGAAGAGCUGCCCAAGACUUCCACCGGGAAAAUUCAGAAGUUUGUUCUUAGAGACAUGACCAAGGCUAUGGGAUCGUCCAGGAUCAGUAAACUGUAGUAGUACUGAGUCGACUCUGAGUCAGGGUCGAGUUGGUGGAAGAUUCUCGGCACUUUCUGACUUUUGGACUUUUCCGCAUUGAUUGUGGCAUCAAUUCUGUGUAAAUUUCUUAAAAGUGAAAAAACUUUCCCUAAAUCUAUAAAUUUAUAAAUAAUGUUUUUCAGAUAAAUAACUGUUUUCCUUGAAAAGAAUAAAGUCCAUUAUUGUUUUGGAUAUUUGUUUUUCGCUUUUUUGAAUUUAAAUUGUUGCAGCCCA